AUGUGCUUCAUCAGUAGCGAGUUGCGUGGUUGCGUUGACGUUGGUGAACGCCUCUUUGUUUGGCUGUUACGCGCCCGUACGCCCGCUCUUCCCUUGUGUUCCUCGCUAUGGCAAAAUUGGACGGCGAUGGACGUGGGUUUAGAAUCGUUAUUAGCCGGCGAAAAAUUACCACUGCGGACGACAUUUACACGGCCAAGACAACGCAACUAACCUCAAGUCUGCUUUGAGCGCAUAAGUUCUCGUUCCGUACGCAUCAAGGAGAGUACAUAUGGCAAUGGAGAUUGUCGUGACUCCGGCCGAAGACGCGCCCCUGACCGAGGAGGAGAGUCGGCACUCCUCGGACAGCUGCUCACCGCCACCGCAGAUCAUGUGCAGCAACACUAGUUACGUGGGCAUUCACUCUGGCGCCUUCCUGGACAUGCACAGCACCAUGGAGGUCUCCACGUCGGUGGUGCUCAGCUUCUCUCGAAAGAACGUGCUCCGCCACUACUUCCUACUCCUCACCAUAGUCGGCUGGCGGCCCCUGGUGGAUGCCAGCGAGCACGAGCGCUGCCAGCCCGCGCUGCAGACGCUCAACAUAAUGUACAACGCGGUCUUCUUCAUCGUGCUCGUGAUGGGACACUUGCUGCAGUCCUGCUUCCGUAGGGACGGCAUCGUCAACUACAGAUCGCCGGCGCUCCACUUCCACGCCCUCAAACACUACGGCUGGGUCGAAGGAACGGACGCGGUAAUUCUGUGA